AUCGGCUUUCCAGUCGUCUUCUCUUCGCAAUGGAGACACCGACCUGGCUUUCAUAACCUGUCAUGGCUACGAUGGCAUGGAGCUUGACCUACCAACAUGGCACAAACACCGGCAGAGGAGCCAUUGCCCACGCGCGCACCUCUCGAACACGGCGCAUACAUCCUUCGAAAGCUUGCUGCGAACCUGCCGCUAUCCGCAGAUGGAGAAUCCACUGAUGUGCACAUAACUUGUGUGGAGGUGUGGAAAGGGAAUCUAUAUGUCGGGACGUCCACGGCAGAGAUCAUUCACUUCGUCCUACUGCCUCCCGAGCCUGGCGAUUCCUCCGCUGAAUCUAAUGCUAUACUUGCAUCAAGACAAGAGCCUCCACAUACCAAUGCAAAUGGCCCUGGCGUGCAGCAAAUCCUCCUGCUACCCAGCGUUAGCAAAGCACUCAUUCUUUGCAACAACACCCUAUCUUUCUACACUCUCCCGGAACUUACUCUAGAUUCCACUGCCAAACCGCUUACUUGUUCAUGGGUCGGAGGAGUGGAUCUCAACAGAGAGAGUGACGAUGGAAGCGACGGAGUUAUCGUCAUGCUAGGCCUGAAAAGCAAGUUGCGGCUGAUAAAGAUAUCAGAGGAUGCCCGGCCCUUGAGCUUGAGGACCAUAGAGUACGGAGGCUGCUUGGCUUCAGUGCGCCGUGACAAUUUCUCCUGUGCGGCAGAUGCACACUCCUAUGCGUUACUUGACCUCGAACGCCAGCAAAAGAUUGGCCUUUUCCCCGUGUCUUCCCUGGACCCGGAAGCCGGUGACGUAGGCGGAGCGGCCGAAGAUAUAGCCACUAGUCAGCACACGGUUUCCAGGAGCGUGUCUUCGGCAAGUGCACCUCCUGGUGCAGCGAGUGGCGAUCGCGGCCACGCGCGAAGUUCCAGCUUAGGGAUUUUUGGCACUGCUGCUCCUGGCGGACGUACUGAAAGCCCCCGCCCUGGGCAAAGAUAUGGCUUUGAUAUACCUGAGUCACUGUCAAGGACAGUAUCUCCUGCCCCCGGUCGUUCCCCAUCCCAAUCUAGAGAGACACAGCAGCAUCCAGAAAGGACUUCAAGCCUAUCCAGAGCGAGUACACCUGCUGCUGAUAAACCUCUUCCAGAAGCCCCAGAGCAGGAGAUUACAGCACAGAGUGAAACAUCUCCCCCACGCAGCUUCGUGCCACUGAAACCGCUCAUUGCAUCGCCUUCGCCGAAUGAAUUCCUCCUCACAGUUGGUACUACGCCUUCGGACCCAGGUGUUGGAAUGUUUGUGAAUCUAGACGGGGAUAUGUGUCGCGGAAGCAUUCAGUUCAGCAGCUACCCUGAAGCGUUAAUCGUCGAUGGCAAAGGGAUUGACCUAUCCACAUCUAUAGGUCCAGAUAUGGAUGCCGAAGAGGGUUAUGUUCUGGCUGUUGUUCGCCGUAAUGAAGGGAAUCAAUCACGAUAUGGAGUAGAGAUACAGCGGUGGGAUGUGGACGCAGGUGAAGACGACGCCUCCAAGGAGUGGCUAAACCUCCAGUUGCUCGGUGACGCAGGGGCAGAAAGCAACGAACAUUCUGCUAAGCCCUUGGGCAUGCGAUCUGUCGUCGAGACCAAUGGCCUCAUUCUAAGGGAAAUUGGUGAAAAACUUUCUGUGAAGUACCUCUUACUCCCGCACUUCUUGCAAGAUCCCGCGUCCAUAGAAGUUGUCAAGAGCAGACGAGAUCAAGAGAAAGGCGAUGUGGAGUUCAUGGAACGGUUGUCGAAGGUUAAGACAAGCAUUGUGCUAUGGAGUGGUAAUACCAUUUGGUGGACAGUCAGAAAUCCUCUGAUUGUUCGCCUUGACUCACGGUUAGAACAGGCUAAGUCGACGCCCACAGGGGAUGGAGUGCGUAUACAACCGGUCAGAAGAGAUGUUGAGAAUGUGCUCGGCGAUAUACGUGGGCUCGAGCCACGCAGUGAAGCCGAAUACCUCAGCCUCGUCUACAUUCGCCAGAAGGCUUCUAUCUUGCUCUUCAUGGACUUGAUCCUCCGGAGCACGACCAACAUAAUUGUUUUCGAAAACGAGAAGCGCAUUACGGAGCAGGCUCUGAUUGAGGGAGAGAUAGAUCCCAGAGUCAUCCUUGGGCUGCUGCCGAUGCUUGACGAGGAAGUUGUACAAGGCCCGGAUGGUGUACAGAUAUCGGGUGGCAUCGUCACUCUUCUGGAGCAAUUCCUGCAGCAAAACGAUUUAUCAGCACUCCCGGGCACGGUAAAUGGGCCUUUCGGAGAUAACAUUCUCCACCUUGUCAAAAGAUAUCUGCAAUUCUGGAAGAAGCGGAAGGGUAUGGCGAGCGUAACCAAUGAUCCCUACGUUUUCCAGAGCGUCGAUGCAGCUUUGCUCCAUAUCCUACUGCUUCUGGACCGGGAAAGCCCAAAGGGGAUUGGAACUCCCGGAUCUUUGAGAGCAGAGCUAUACGAGUUGGUUGAUAAUGAAGUGGUGUGUCCUGACCGCGCCGUUACACUUCUCGGGCAGUUCAAGCGUCUAUAUGUCUUGAGUCGGUUUUAUCAGCGUAAUAGUGCAGCUUCGCUAAAGGCAUCGAAUGUUUUAGCGACGUGGAAGCGUAUCCUGGAGGGUGAACCAGAUGAGGGAGGAGAGUUCACCGAUGGUGAGACGGAGCUCCGGAAGUACCUAAGCAGGAUCAGGGAUCAGUCGCUCGUUGAGGACUACGGUUCCUGGCUCGCGAAUCGAAACCCCAAACUUGGUGUCCAAAUUUUUGCGGACGACCACACCCGAGUCAAGUUCAGCCCAGGGCAUGCUGUAAGCCUGCUCAAAGAAAGAGCCCCUGCAGCUGUCAAAGAGUAUCUGGAGUAUCUCGUGUUUGGAAAGAAGCAUUUCGAAUACGUGAAUGAGCUGAUAGCAUUCUAUCUCGACAUCGUGGUCGCCGAGCUCGAAAGCUCACCAGCGUCCAAAGACCUCCUCCUUCAGACAUAUGAGACUUACCGAGCCCUUGAGCCUCCAAAGCCUACCUACAGCCAGUUCAUCACCGACAAUGCACUUGGUACGGAGUGGUGGAACAGCAGGUUGCGUCUUCUCCAGCUUCUCGGAGGUAAUCAGUCAGCGACGGAUUCCUAUGAUGUCUCUUCCAUCCUCAACCGACUCGAGCCUUAUGAACAGGAACUGGUGCCUGAGAUGAUCAUUCUGAACGGGCGGCAGGGCCGCCAUCAGGAAGCCCUACGUUUACUCACCCACAACCUCGACGACUUCGACACUGCCAUCAACUAUUGUCUCCUGGGCGGUUCUAGUAUAUUCCGACCUCCGGGCUACGUCCCCCAAGAGGAGAUACCCAGUCGAGAGGAACAAGCAAAGCUAUUUGACUUCCUGUUACAGGAGUGUUUGCGUCUCGACGACCCAUCACAGCGCAUUUUGAGAACCGGAGAACUUCUAGAGAGAUUUGGCGGGUGGUUGGAUGUGGCCAAGGUCCUCGAAAUCAUUCCUGAUGAUUGGAAUGUGGACAUAGUGGGAGCCUUCCUGAUCAAUGCUCUCAGACGGCUCGUCCAGGAAAAGGCGGAGACGAGCAUAGCAAAGGCACUCAAUGGUGCCCAAAACUUACAGAUUAGCGUAGAUCUCGCGGACAAGGUGGACAGUUCUGGUCCUACUAUUGAAAGGGUUAAGUGAGAGGGAGAAUUUUCGGUGACUGGUAUAAAUAAUAAAGCAUUAGCAUUGGCGUCUGGUCCUUGUCUUGCGGCAGGCCUGUACUGUUAAUAGUGUUCGAAAUACGC